CUCAUCCUUACAGCCCGCCGUUCGGGGAAAGUGGAGCGGCCCGCUGCUCUCCUCACGGAGGGUGUGUCCACACGGAAGCUUUGGUAAUGGCAGGGCUGGUUUUUCAGGUUUCUGGACAUUGAAAAGACGCGCCCGUGACUCCGUUAGCCCAUUCAUUCCCUUUAGCGGAUAGCGGGAGCGCGACGAUGGCAGCAGCCACGCAGCAGAUGUCGAGUUUGCCAAGCGGACUCGCAAUCUGCACCACAGCACCGGACAUCCUCUACCUGCCCGAACUGGUGUUCGGAGGGCUAGUUUGGAUACUGGUGGCAUCUACACUUGUAUCCCCCGCAAAUCCUCAGGGAUGGGUGAUGUUUGUAUCAGUCUUCUGCUUUGUCAUGACCUUCCUCUGGCUCAUCCUCUUCGCCUGCGGAGUCCACAAAAACAGCAGCACCUGGGCUGCAGCGGACUUCAUUUAUCAUCUGAUUGCUGUUGUGUUCUAUCUGAGCGCCUCAGUGAUCCUAGCCUAUAUAACAAUCAACAUGAAAACAUGGAAUGCAUUAAACAUAUAUCCCUUCAAGUACUAUCAGAUCGACAUCUCAGCAGUGGUGUUCUCGCAUAUUGCCACAUUGCUUUACUUCAUCCACUGCAUCCUUUCUGCUGUGCGGUGGAAGUCUUUCUAAUCAAAAAUUCAGGGCAAAAGGAAAUCAUUUUGACGUAAAUUGUUCAACAAUUUGCAAAUAAACUGUCAAACCACUGGAGAAAAGAGGCAAAAUCAGGAUUCAGUCCUGGGUGCCCUCUACACCACACACCACAGCAAUCAUGGUAUGAAACAAACCCACUAGAUGUUUCAUGCUAUAUCAGUCAGAUCUUACUGAUUUUCUUAUUAUGAUGCUGUUUUUUUAUAUUUGGGGGAAGGUAAACUUUUUGAAAUCUGUAGCCUAUGUGAUAAUGCCCAGUGUAUAUGGAAAAAGCAACAGCAUGGGUUUUGUACACUUCUUGUACCUUUGUAAGAGAUAAAUUAGUUUUGUAUAUUUAGCUACUACACACUAUGAACAAGAUAUUUUAAUAAAAGAAUAUGAACCAGACAA